AUGUGGAGGGGUAAUAAGGGGAGAUACAAGGAGUUUGUCAAGGGCUUUUCAAUACAAUUAAGUGCAGAAAAUAUAUUGGAAGCAGAAGCUUGGGGGAUCCUGGAAGGGAUGAAGCUAUGCUUGGAGCUGGGAUUUAAAAAGGUAGAAAUAGAAGGAGAUGACGCGAAUUUGAUAGAUGAGCUGAAUACAAGGGCGAGAAUAAGUGGGAACUAUCUGCUAUCACGGAAAAUCAAAGAACUAUUAGGAAGGGAUUGGACGGUUAGAUUUCUACACAUCCAGAGAGAAGGGAACAGGAGGGCUGAUAGACUUGCCAAACUGAGUAGACAACAAGCUUCACUAAGGACAAACUGGAUUCAACCUCCGGAGGAAGUCGGGGAGGACCUGCAAGCUGACUUGAUAGGAAUAGGAUGUUUUAGAUAG